AUGGAAUAUAAAGCAUACUGGGCCUUGAAGUUUUUGAACUUUGACGAAGCCGCAUCCAGAGAACAAAGGAGGCUGCAACUUUUGGAGUUGGAAGAGAUGAGAUUAACUGCUUAUGAAUCUUCUAAGCUGUAUAAAGAAAGGAUAAAAAAGUAUCAUGAUAAAAAGCUGCUCAAGAAGGACUUUCAGCCAGGACAACAGGUGUUGCUUUUCAACUCAAAACUUAAAUUGUUUCCUGGAAAGCUUAAAUCAAAAUGGUCUGGACCAUUUACCAUCAAGAAAGUCCGACCAUAUGGAGCAAUGGAGCAGUGGAGCUUUGUGAUCCUCAAUCUAAAGACCCUGACAAGACAUGGGUAG